AUGUUUCGCAACCAAUACGACAGUGACGUUACCGUCUGGAGCCCGCAGGUACAAAAAAGGAUAUUUCCUCGAAAGAAACGCUGUUUCAGGGACGUCUUCACCAAGUUGAUUAUGCCGUCGAAGCAAUGAAACAAGGGUCGGCCACCGUCGGAAUCCGGAGCGAGACCCAUGCUGUUAUCGUUGCUCUGAAGGUUCAUGUUUUCUCUUAGUUUCUAUUUCAUCAAACUUCAAUAGUAGUUUUUUUGAACGGCGUUUGUUGCAUCUAGAAAAUAUGUCUCUCGAAAGCUGGGCUUAGAAAAAAAUUUUGGAGAUGAUUUUUAUAGCAAAUAAAAGUAAAGCUGAGCCAUGCGAAAUAAUGCUUGUUCUUUUUUUAAAUAGCUUAUAUAAAAUUUCGGUGAAAGAGGCGGAGGUGGAACUAAAUUUAAAAAAAGUCUUUAAUCUUUGCUAUAGUGAAAACGUCCACUUCUCAAAUCUUCGGAAAAAGUAGAAGUAACUGUUUUCAGCUUGGUUUUCAAACGUGGAAUUUUAGCGCGCCCAGAAUGAGCUCUGCUCUCACCAGAAGAAGAUCUAUGAAAUCGAUACACAUUCCGGUGUGUCCAUCGCAGGAUUAUUAUCGGAUGGUCGCAUCCUUGCGAGGUUCAAUUUUUUAGGUUUCAUUUAAUUUAUAGUGUUUUAGGUAUCUGCAAACAGAGUGUUCGAGCUGGAGAUGGGAUUACAAACUCCCGAUUCCCAUCAAGAAGCUCACUGAAUCCAUGCAACUCAGUAUAAAAUUUUGUUUUUUUUUAAAUCACAAUCAGGGACUUUCAAGAACUGCAAGCGAAUACUCAGUACUACGGUCGACGACCUUUCGGUGUUGGUCUUCUCGUCGCUGGUUACGAUGUUUGUGACCUUUUUUUCAAUAAUUUAAUCUCCUUAUAUUCAUCACGGUUAAAAUUAUGUCAUGAAUAUUCACUACAGUUAUUGAGUUUUUUUAACCUUUUUUACACGAAGUUCGGAUUUUUCAGAGUUUUUUCUUUUUGUUUUUUUCUCGAAAAGAGUAUAGAAAAAAACUUGAACCCAUUCUUCGAAUAAUUUUAAACCUUUCAGACGAUUAUGACUAAGUGUUUCAGAGAAAAUGAGAGCUUUUAGACAAUGUUCCGGAAAAAUUAUGAGUUCCUUUUCAGCCAUCAAACAUUUUGCCAUUCCUUUCUAAUUUUGGACUUACAAGCACGAAUACCCCAUGUAUAAACUGGGAAAAAGGGUUUAGAGAAGAACUUGAGUUUCUCUAAUUUACUUUUUUACGACAAAAUUCUUGCAAUCGCCUCAGCGUCUUACCGAUCUCUGGAUUCAGAAGGACGGCGCACACAUCAUCCAGACGGAGCCGUCGGCGGAAGUCGUCAGUAUGAAGGCGUCGUCAAUCGGCGCCCGUUCGCAGUCUGCGCGCACUUACUUGGAGAGGAACGUCGACAAGUUCGAGAAUGGUUCAGUCUCCCCUUCUGAACCACAUUGAAAAGCCAAUUUUCCAGCCAGUGCUGACGAAUUGAUUGUUCACGCUCUUCUCGCUCUGCGCGAUACUCUGCCGGCUGAGGAAAACCUCAGUGCUCAGGUAAGAUAAAUUUAUUCGAUUUCUCAUUCUUCGCAAUGUGAAAUCUUCUUCAUUAUUUUAUACAUUUUUUGUAUUUUGUCAGAUUAGUAUUAUAUCUAAAAAAAAAAUGUAUGGAUUUCUUUUGUAGUUCGUCUUCGAUGCAUUAAAAAGUCCAAUUUUCAUUCGAAAACUUUUUUGAACGUUGUCUAUUUCCAACUUGAUCAGAUCUAGAAGAAACAUUUUUGGCUCAUUUUUUCAAUGGGUCUUGUUUAAAAAAUUUUUGGAGUAGUUUAAUUGAAUUUCCUUGUGAGCAGAAGUAAACUGCAGAACACUUCGAUCGGCAUCGUCGGCAAGGAUCGUCCGUUCACGAUUCUGGCCGACACUCAAGUCGGCCUUCAUCUCGACGCCGUGGCGACGCAUCCGCGCUCCAACGCUCAACAGGGACACGGACAGGCGCCAGCUGCAGCCCCAGAACCCAUGCAGCAGUAA